ACGUAUGGAACAGCAAACAAUCUGGAAUUGAUAACGAUAAUUUAUUACAAGAAACGCUACAAAAGGAGUCCUUUAUAAAAGAGAUAACGCAGUAUAAGGAGAACUUGACUGAUCUAAUCGAAAAGACGAGAUCCAGUCAAUCUGGGAUAGAUAAGCUCAAAGAAGAUAACAUCGUUUUGCAGAAUUAUAUAGAUAAUCUAACGUGGGUUUGUUUCUCUAAAAUAUAUCUUCGAUAACAUUUCUAGUCGACAAUCUCUCAUGGUCGCGAAUAACACAAAAUAAAUUCUUCUUCUUGUACCACGAUGCUAGAUCCAUCAAUAUACCUCCAAAACCAGGGCUGGAAAGUUGGACGUGGUUUGAAAGAGAAUUCUAUUAGCAGACCUAUUCCAGCACCUAGGAAACGCAAUCUGAAUGGUAUAGGAAGAGAUAGAGACGAUGGACAUCUCUUCCAUUCGAGUUUAUUCGACGCAGCUGCAAAAGCUAUUCAAAUAAAAAUAGACGAUUCUUCAGAUGAAGAAGAUAGUAGCGAGGGUGAUAAAGAUACUAAGUCACAAUCCUUGAGUAUUUCUAGGACCUCUACUGGUAUAAUAUCCACUAGGACUUCCACCCCUUCUGUUCCAUCUACUGAGAUAGCAUUUGGACAAGCGAAGCAAUCGAUAGCAAAACGCAAACUUUAUAGCAGAUUUAGACAAGGACAAACCUACAAAGGUGGCGAACUCCAGGAGUUCUUACAGGAUAACAAACAGAGAGUACCUGUACAAACAGAAGCUAAGAAGUCGAAAAAGAAGCGGAAAAGCCCAGAUAAUCCGUGGAUGGAUUUACUUUAAUUUAUUUUGUAUUGUAUUUUAUAUAUAUAUUUCAUCUU